UGUUGAAUCAAGAAACAAUUCAUGUCAGAACAACCCUGACUCCAUCUAUUCACAUCAGAUUGAAGGAAACUUCCACGAUCUACAGAUGUUUCAUAGUCGAAAUUCUUUCAUCCACAAUGAAGCUGCAAGUCCCGGAUCGUUCAGGAAAGAUAAAUAUCCCCUCAACACCGAGCGACGACAAUGAAGACUAUGGCAACGACGGGAAAGACAGCAACCCAGAAGAAGACGACGACAAUGAGGACU